CGUCGACCAGCUAGCUCUCCUUCUCCGGAGCUAAUAUCAAUGGAUGUUAGGGUUCUCUCGCUGCGGAGCACUUCUACCCGCAGUCGAAUGAGUGAAUCGGCUCCGGGGACCGACGAAGAAUCAGAUAAUUGUUUCCCUUUCCGAUUCCGUUUCCAAUUUAACGGAGAUGGCACCAAAACGGUGCGGUAUUGCCUAUAACGAAUACUGCUUUUAAGUUUACUGGUUGGAAUUGUAAACGAGUUAAAGUUCAGGUACUACUAAGCAAUUAUUUAACGCGAAACUAGAGUUGACAGAGAAACUGCGUGUGCCCCUCCACUCAGCAAGAUUUGCCUUCUGGUUUUUCUGAUCGGGUGAGAGGAAAAGGAACUCGCAGAGCAAGCUGAACGGAAGAAAGAUGAGGAAACUGAAGCAGUUCAUAGCAGGGGAUGAGGAUGGCGACAGGGGAGAGAGCUUCUUGGAGGAAGAUUCAGAUGGGUCUUGUUCCCUCACUGCAACACAGAGAAUGUACGCAUUCGCGGCUUGCCUGGCUGCUGGUCUGGCUUUCAUGUUUCUGUCAUUGAUUGUCUUUGUGAAACCCAUCAAGUUCGCCUUGUUGUUCACUUUCGGCAACAUAUUUGCUGUUGGAAGCACAGCCUUUCUCAUUGGAACUGGGCAGCAACUGACCAUGAUGUUUGACUCCACCCGUGUAUAUGCAACUUCCAUAUACCUUGGAUUCGUCGUUAUAUCACUUAUCUGCGCUCUUUUGAUCCACAACAAGAUUUUGACACUGAUUGCUAUACUGUGUGAAAUAUGUGCCCUAAUUUGGUACAGUUUGAGCUACAUUCCUUUCGCUCGAACAAUGGUGUCCAACUUGAUGGUUCGUGUCUUCGACACAGAACUAUGACCAACCAACCCGCCAUUUCUCUCUCACCAGGAGUUCCAUUCGGCACACCUUCCCUAGCAGCUCUCUUGGAAGCAAAGCCAUGGCUCUCACCGGACUUUCUACUUGUAUGCCGUCAGUGCCAUCAUCAAACUAGCUUUUCGAGCUUGGUGCUCCCAGUUUUGUGAACCCGAUAAAAGAUAGUGUCCUCCCUUCCUCAUUUGUAUUAACACAAUCCCAUUUGAGUUCCUGGGGAGAAGAAAUGCAUCACUCUCGGCUCCUUGGUUCUUGCUGUGUGCAAAUGCAGUUCGUUUUUUCCUUUAUUCCA